UUCUGUAUAAACAAACAGAGAGUUUAAUUAGUCUCAAGAGUUCUUUUAUAAAUAACGAGGCCCCUCCCUCCACACACACACUCUCUUUCUCCUCCGCCUCAAAAACUCUCAAACACAAUACUACGUACGUACCCCUGCAUACACACGCUCCAAAUUAACACACAAACAUAUAAUAUAAUUAACCAUGGCAAAACUCUCCGUGUUCCUCCUAUCCCUCCUUCUCUUUUCAUUCUUGAUCAUUCCGUCGGCGUCGGCGGGCGACGACUACACGGCGUUCGUCUACGCCGGGUGCUCGCAGCCGCAGUACGCGGCGGACACGGCCUACGCCUACAGCGCGGACUCCGUGCUGACGACCCUGGCCAACGCGGCGGCCUUCGGGCCCUACGCGAACUCGACCUCGGGCGCCGUGUCCGGCGUCCUCCAGUGCCGCGCCGACCUCCCCCUGGCCGUCUGCGCCGCCUGCGUCCGCUCCGCCCUCUCCGAGCUCUCCACCCUCUGCCCCUCCGCCGCCGCCGCCGCCGUCCAGCUCCGCGCCUGCUUCCUCCGCUACGGCAACGACUCCUUCCUCGGCCGGCAGGACACCUCCCUCCUCUACAAGAAGUGCGGCGCCCCCGCGCCCCCUGCCAACUCCGCCGACUUCCUCGGCAUGCGCGACGCCUCCCUCGGGGCGCUCGUCACCGCGGCGGCGCCUGGCGGAUACAGAGUCGGCGGCGCCGGCUACGUGCAGGCCAUGUCGCAGUGCGUCGGCGAUAUCGGCCCGAAGCAGUGCACCGACUGCGUCGCCGCCGCCGUGACGCAGCUCAAGAGCUGGUGCGACGGCGCCAACGCCGGGGAGGCGUACCUCGGCAAGUGCUACGCCAGGUUCUGGUCCAACGGCGGCACCGUGUACUCGCCGGCGCACGAAGAUCACGUAGAUGAAGCUGGGAAAACACUAGCAAUUAUUAUUGGGCUCAUGGCUGCAGUCGCCCUGAUAAUCGUCUUCCUCUCCUUCAUCAGACGAGCUGGAAAUGGUAAAUAACAAUUGGCAACAUGCAUGAUCUCUACAUUUGUUCCUGUGAGAGUCAGUGGAGAUAGCUUUAAUUUGAUGAAACUUUGCCCCAUCUCACCUUUUUCUCUUUACUUCUCUUUAUCUUUAUCUUUUUUUUUUUUGUGAGGUCUUUAUAAAUUAUUUUGCUUAAAGAGGAGGGGAAGAGGGGGUUCCUUUUGGAAGUGUGGAGGGGAACUAAAAAGACAUGGAUGAGGGGGACAUGUUUCAAUGGAAAUAAAGUGGAGUGGGGAAGUUGCCAAAAUGGAAGUAAAGAGAAGAUUCUGUAUAAUUAAUUAAGUUGGAUAAUUUUGUUCCUUUCAAUUAAUUGUUCAUGUCCAUAA